AUGGCGACACAACAACCAAUGCUUUCAUGCUCCUUGGAAUCUGAACAAUUACCAAACCAAAAACAUGUCAUCAUUGUAGGAGGAGGAUAUGCAGGAAUUAGUCUUGUUCAAUCCAUUCGUGAAUAUGAAAACAAAAAAUUGAAUAGUACUACUGAAUCCUCAAAGUAUCCUUCUUCGGCGCUUUACAUUACACUCAUCAGCAAUGAAGAUUUCUGUAGUAGACCUAAUUUAUUUUUCCGAUUUAAAUUUCUACAAGCCUCUCCCUCUUCAAAGUUGUUGGAUUAUUAUGGUGGAAUUCAUCUGUGUGAUUUCACUCAUUCCGAUAGCAACAAGAGUGGUUCCGAACAUGAUUCAUCAAAAAAUUUCAUUCAAAAAUAUAAUGUCAAUCAGGUGAUUUUGAAUAGUGUGGUUACAAGCGUAAAUGCAAACGAAAAGACAAUUAAAUAUAAAAGAAAUGGUGGCGAUAACAAGGAAAUAGAGUUGAAAUAUGACGAUUUGUGUUUGUGUUUGGGAGGUAGAGCUCAUGUCGUAGAGUAUCCAAUAGCAUUCUCCCCUGAAUCUACUUCAACAUUUCCAAAACUCGAAAUUGAUAGCAUACCAAAGAAAUACCAUAUUCAUCCAGGAAUUUCAAAUUACAUUUAUGUAAGAAACGUUGAGGAGGUGGAAUUAGUCUACAACAUUAUGAGACAAUUAUAUAGUUACUACACUACCGCAAAUACUCCAACAAGCACCGAACAUAACCGAAUUGUUGUGAUUGGAAGCGGUACUCUUUCCUUAGAUAUUGUGAGUCAUAUUGUUGAAGGAUAUGAGGCCAUUGAGAAACAAUUACAAACCUCAAGUACAACAUCGCAGCCAUCGUUUUGGGAUGUUACUCAGCCAUCUCUUCUUCCAAAAAUAACAAUCAUUUCGAGAGGUAAACAUAUUGGAAAGUCUCUCUUGAAAGAUGACCGUGCAUGUGAAAUGCUUACCAAUUUAGUGAAACAAAAAUAUUCGAAAUAUGUUGAAAUUGAGCUGAAUAGCGAGAUUGAAAGUAUUCAUGCCGAUACAAAUUCGGAAGAGAAGCAAGGAAUGGUUACUUCAGUUACAAUUGUUUCUAAAAGUAGCACAAAUGAUGCACAGAUGAUUAAGAAAGUUAUUCCAUGUUCAUGUGUCAUUCAGGCCGUCGGUGUUAAAAGCGAAACUGAACUAGCUGAGAAAUAUCUCCAUGCAUCUAUUGGAGAGAAUGGUGGUAUUGUAGUGAAUGAGCAUUUCCAAGUCAUGACCAUGCGUGAAAAUUCCUUGUCGACCAUACCUAACGUUUACAGUAUUGGUGAUUGUGCAGAAAUCCAAUUAAGUGAAUUGAUCGAUGUCAGUACUCAUGGUAAUACGAGUAGAGCAGUCUGGAAGAACUGGACAAGCGCUCGAGAACAAGCAAUCUUGUGCUCUCAUUACUUGGUAGACAAAAAUGGCGAAAGAAUUCUUACGGAUACCACUUCGUCAUCACAGUCACCACAACAUGGUACAAAAACCAAGCUCUUCUUCAGUCAAACACCAAAGUUCUUUGGACUUUUUAUUUCAUGCCUUGGGCAUUACGAACCGACUACUACUACUACAACUGGACACUCGACAGACACUAAUGAGUCCAUAAUUUCCAUUUACUGUUCACCCCAGCAAUUACUCGACAGCAACAAUGUUUAUAUGAAACUAGUAUUUAAAAAGCGAAAGAAAGAAGGACAUUCUGAUCACGUUGAGCAACAGCAACUCAAAUUGAUUGGUGCUCUCCUUAUUGGACCCACUAUGAAUGAAUACAAACUCGGGGUACAUUUUCUUCAACUUCUCAAAGAAGAUGUAUAUUUACCCCAAUCCUUAGUUGAGUCCAAGCAAAUUCUACAAAAUAUGACAUUUAACAUGAACAUGUGGAAUUGGCUAUUGCAACUUGUGAGAUCUAAAAACCAUGAAGGUAAUCACCAUGUACCCUUUGAAACAAAAGAAGAAAUUGAAAAAGUAGUGAACGAAUUGAACCAACUUGGUUCUUCCGUUAACAGUGCUGUUAAAAAACCAUCCUCAUCAUCAUCGACUGUCACCACAAGCGGCACUAAAAAGUUCGUUAAUCCUUUGGAAAAGAAGAAAGCUGCAUCACAACAACAAGCCCCUCCAAAGAGCAGCAGUACAAAGGAUUCAACAGAAGAUUCCUUGACAAAACAAAUGGAUCAAUUAACAAUUUCCCAGCCAAAGAAGGAGUCACAAGAAUAA